GCGGGAGACUGAAUCCCAGCACAGGAUAGACGGGACGCCCCUCGCGACCACAAGGGUGAGCUCGCAGAAUCCAUUGGACCGGGUGCGUGCUUAGAGGAAGCAGGAGAACCACGGAAUCACAGAUUGGACUUCCUGGAACACAGGGUAUGGAUAAACUGGGACAGAUCAUCUCCUUAGGCAAGCUCAUCUAUAAACAGUGUGAAGAGAUGAAAUACUGCCGGAAACAGUGCCGGCGUCUAGGGAACCGUGUCUAUGGCCUGCUACAGCCUCUCCAGAGGCUUCAGGACCAAGGGACGGAGAACCUGCCUGAUGGCAUAACCGAUGCCCUGGGCCGUUUUGAGACUGUCCUGAAGUUGGCUAUGCAGCAGAUAGAAAAGUUCAGCAAGAAGUCCGAUAUUUGGAAGUUUGUAACUGCGAGCAGUGACAAGAUGAUCUUCCUUGAGGUGAAUGAGAGCCUGAAAGAUGUGUGGGAGGCGCUGUUGCUAGAGCUCCAGGUUGGCCAAUUGAAGCCUCGUUCAUCUUGGCUGCAGGAAGAUAAGCAGGACGCAGAGGAAGAUAGAAAGGAAAGCAUGCAAGCUAUCUUGAUGCAGUUGAAACUUGACAUGGAAGAAAUCAAGGAAGCUCUGAAGCAACGAUCACUAAAGCCCACACGGGAGCUCCAACAGGAGCAAAUCAAAGAGAUUCCAAAGAAACAUCUUGUUGGAUCUCCAUGGACCUUACUGAAGAAAAAUAAACUCAGCACACUUUAUAAAGGAGAGUAUCACAGAUCUCCAGUCACCAUCAAAGUGUUUGACAACCCCCAGGCCGGAAGUGUGGAAAUGGUGAGGCGCACUUUCAAUAAUGAGAUCAGAACCAUGAAGAAAUUUGAUUCUCCCAACAUCUUGCGUAUAUUUGGAAUUUGCAUUGAUGAAACAGGGAAGGCCCCUGAAUUCUCCAUUGUCAUGGAGUAUUGUGAACAUGGAACCCUGAGGGAACUGCUGGAUAAAGAAAAGGACCUCACAAUGAGCAUGCGCAUCCUCCUGGUCCUGGGGGCAGCCAAAGGCUUGUACAGGCUACACCAUUCGGAAACACCUCAACUCCACAGAAACAUCAGCAGCUCCAGCUUCCUGGUAGCUGGAGGCUACCAAGUAAAGCUUGCAGGAUUUGAGUUAAGCAGAACACAGACUUCCAUCAGUUUGGCAACAAAGAGCGCUAAAACCGAGAGAGUCAGUUCAACGGCUUAUCUCUCCCCUCAGAAACUGAAAAACCUGUUUUGCACAUGUGACCAAGAAGAUGAAAUAUAUAGCUUUGGAAUUGUGCUCUGGGAAAUUGCUACCGGAAAGAUCCCGUUUGAAGACUGUGAUUCUAAAACAAUUCACAAACUGGUAGCUGAGGACCAGAAGCAGGAGCCAGUGAGCGAAGAUUGCCCUAAGUUGUUACGGGACAUCAUUGAUGAGUGCCGGGCCCAUGACCCCUCCAAGCGGCCCUCCAUGGAUGGAAUCUUAACAAGAUUGUCUGCACUUAACUGAGCCGUGUAUUCAACCUAAACCGAAAAUUCCUUGGACAAGAAGCUGGAAGAGGGACAGACUGGAUGUUUGUUUUUCAUAUAUGUUAGCAUCAUGUUUUUGCUGGGUACCAAAUUGCUUUUUUGUUUUUGUUUUUAAUGGGCACUUACCAUGUAGCACCAGCUCACCUCGAACUUCCUAUGUAGAGCAGACUGGGCUCAAACUUAAAGAAAUCUUCCAGUUUUGCCUCCAAAUGCUGGGAUUAAAGCCACCGCACCUGGCAAAGUUCUUAUUUGUUACAAAUAGAAAACAAUCCCAUGGGGAUGGAGACAUGACCCAAUGGUUAAGAGCACUGGCUGCUUCUUCCAAAGGACCCAGGUUCAAUUCCCAGCAGCCACAUUGGCAGCUAACAACUGUCUGUAACU